CCUUCACCACCACCGUCGUCUGCCUUGUUCCUAUGCACUUGACAGCUUCGUGAGGGUUGGGCAGAUGAAGCUAUAUGGGAACACGUGACACGGCUUGUAGGAGCGACGCUUCAUAAGUGCGAAAACACAGAGGAGAAAGAGGCUGGAGAGACUCUGGAGUCAGAAGCAGCAGCAGGAGGAGCAGGAGCAGCAGCAACAGCCUGGAUCCAUCGGAGCAGGAGCGCGCACUCCAAGAGCAGCCAACGCUUCUACAGACCGUUGGGAAGAAAGAAAGAAAAGAAAAAAAAACAACUUAUGUGACUCAUAAAAUUAGAAAGACAGACCAAUGAUCAUGACAGUGAUGGUGGUUUCAUUCUAACUCAUGCACACUGGUUGUCUCUCCCUUUAUGUAAGAUCUGUGGAUGAUGCGCUUCUGACUUGGAUUAACGCGCGGUGAUAAAGGGCGAUUCUGCGCCUUUGACAAAAUAUGUAAGGUUGCCCACUGCAGUAUAACCCUCAGACACAGCCAUGAAAUCUGUGCUGGAUGGUGUGGCAGACACCACCUUCCGGACUAUCACAUCUGGUUUACAGUAUCUGGGCUCCAAUGAUGCCAAUUAUGACAAUCCCACCAGUGAUGUAGACUUCAAGGGCAGCUUCUCUCUGCAGAAGCCCUUAUCUGCGUUCCGCAGCAACUCCUUCCCCAACAAAGUACCUGCAGAUGAGGAGCUCAUCCUCAAGGGCAUUCCCUUCUUCCCCACCAAUGCCACAGACUUGUUUGGCAACCGGAGCACGUUCAGAGAUGAGUCUGACACGAUACAAUGCGGGGAGAACUUUAUGGACAUGGAGUGUUUCAUGAUCCUGACUCCCAGCCAGCAGCUGGCUGUGGCUGUCAUGUCUCUGACUCUGGGCACCUUCACGGUGCUGGAGAACCUGGUGGUGCUCUGCGUCAUCCUACAGUCCCGCACCCUCCGCUGCCGGCCGUCCUACCACUUCAUUGGCAGUCUGGCUGUGGCUGACCUGCUGGGCAGCGUCAUCUUUGUCUACAGCUUUCUGGACUUCCAUGUUUUCCACAGGAAAGACAGCCCUAAUGUUUUUCUCUUCAAGCUGGGUGGAGUCACGGCGUCGUUCACAGCGUCUGUGGGGAGUCUUUUCCUCACAGCUAUCGACCGCUACAUCUCCAUACACCGGCCUCUUGCCUACAGGCGCAUUGUGACACGGACCAAGGCUGUCAUAGCCUUUUGUUUGAUGUGGACCAUCUCCAUUGUCAUCGCAGUGUUACCUCUGCUGGGCUGGAACUGUAAGCGUCUCAACUCUGUGUGCUCAAACAUAUUCCCUCUCAUUGAUAAGAACUACCUGAUGUUCUGGAUCGGUGUAACCAGCGUGCUGGUUCUUUUCAUCAUCUACGCCUACAUAUACAUCCUGUGGAAGGCACACCACCAUGCUGUGCGCAUGCUGAGCCGAACCUCCCAGAAGAGCCUCGUCGUUUACUCAGCAGAUGGGACUAAAGUGCAGACCACACGCCCUGAGCAGGCACGCAUGGACAUCCGAUUGGCCAAGACCCUGGUGCUCAUCUUGGUGGUGCUGGUCAUCUGCUGGGGCCCGGUGCUCGCCAUCAUGGUCUACGACCUCUUCUGGAGGAUGGACGAUGACAUCAAGACAGUGUUUGCAUUCUGCAGCAUGCUCUGCCUGCUCAACUCCACCGUCAACCCAAUCAUUUACGCCUUGAGGAGCAAGGACCUGCGGCACGCCUUCCUCAGCUCGUGCCGCGCCUGCAGCAGCAGUGCUCAGCAGCUGGACAAUAGCCUGGAGUCAGACUGCCAGAACAGAAAUGCCAACAUUUCUGCCAACAGGGCUGCAGAGAGCUGCGUGAAGACCACUGUGAAAAUAGCCAAAGUAACAAUGUCAGUGUCAACUGAAACGUCUGCAGAGGCUGUCUAAUUGGCCUUCACUGGGGGGAAACGGUGUAACUGUCAUUCAAACACAGUGAUGCAGAAGUUAGAUGUUCCAGAGAAUUAAAGAGAAAUCUCUCCUGUUGAUUUACAUCCUCAUGUAGACGCUUUAGUGGUUGCAUUGUUUUAUGUUUGUGUGUGUGAGUACAUAGUGUGCCAAAGUGCCAAAUGGUAUGGCAAGUUCAUAGAAAGGACUCAUCGUAAGAAAGGAUCCUGAGUCUGCUGUUUACCAUAAGACUUCAUGAUAUCCAAUUAGUGAAGGCAUAUUAUAUUUUUGUACUGUGAAUUCAGGUUUUGAAAACAAUAUAUCUUCAUUUAUGGGAUAAGGGGCUACUGACAUUUUUAAUUAGAGCUGUUUUUCCUGUGUCAUUUAGACUUUAACAUGUGUCUUGCACCAUAAAUAAUAAUAAAAAAUAAAUCCUUCAGCCUUGACUUUCUGCAGGCUUAAUGUAAAGGUUGCUUUGAGAGAUUUCUAGAGGCAAAUGUGGAGGGGGAAAAAAAUGCACAAAUGACUCUAAUGUUUAUUCCCAAAUUUGUCAUUAAACAUGUCUCUUUUGUACUUCUGACAACACUCGGCGAGUGGCAAAUCCUGUGAAGAGAUUACGAGAGACUAAGGGUUAAUGAUGCUCGAGAUAAAAUAAUAAUAAUAACAAUGAUAAUAAUAAUAAUGAUAAUAAAAAAACAUGUAUCACCAUCACACAAUAAACUCUAAUAAGAUGGAGGUGAAUGAAUUCACAGCUUGUGAGUAUGGUGGAUGUCACUGUUCAGCUCUGCACUUGCAAUAGCUGUUAGACCUCUGGAGUAAUGUGUCCAUUUAAAUGUAAACCUAACAAAUGUACAGUGUUAUCUUGCAAAAAAUAAAAUAAAAAAUAAAAACGUUAAAAAAAAAAAAUCCACUCAUUCAGCUCCACAGCUAGCUUUGGCUCAAAACUUGAACACGUUCAUUGAAACUGGAUUUGGACACAGUGUGCUGGACACUACUGUGACAAACUCAAGUGGUGUCUGACGAUAGCUGCUUUUCAUUAAAUGUAGGGUAUUCAACGUGUGUGUGUGUGUGUGCAUGUGUGUAUGUGCCAGAGAGAGAGAGAUACAUUGUGACUUGGUGAUAUGUUUUCCAAACCAAACUCAAGCCUUUUGAUCAUUGCAGUGAGAUGUUUUAGUGCUACUGUUGCAGUGGGACAUCAUUUUUUUUGGGGGGGGGGAACAAAAGCAACCCACGCACAGGCCUGUAGUGAAGUACUUUUAAUGUAACUCUAAAUCUAGAUAUGUCCGCUGUUAAUUUUAACGUAACUAAGCAAAGACACAAAGGGACGUUUUCAUUGGCUGCCAGUAAACGGAGUGGAGAAGCUUGUGUGAGAGCCAGUAACUGACCUAACAAAAGAGAACUUGAGAAGAUGUGAUUUUUUCUUUCCUAACAGGUGAUGUUGUACUUUUAAUUUGAAGAAAAAAAAAAAAACCUCACAGCACAAUUGUUCUGUAGACAUUUAUCUAGGUGUAAAAUUAUCCAGACAGCUGUUAAUCAGUAUGCUUUGCUGCCUCUUGUAUUACUGAGUAUUGAAGAUCAAAAUGUUAACUGUAAAGUGGCUUCUGUACAGUGCUGUGUGAUGACGAAUCUAUGAUGUAAAAAAAACAAACAAAAAAAACAAAAUCACAAUCAAUCAAGUGUUUUUAGUAUUGCUGUUAUCCAACUUUUGAAUAAAGUCAGAGCUGGUUGUCAUUUCA